AUGUAUACUCUAACAAAACCAUCGCGAACAUUCAGUAAAAGCCCAUUCGAUGGUUGGUUUGCUGGAAAAACUACCGCUGAGCAAGCUCGAAUCGCCGAAGAAGGUGAAAUUAACCCAUUUACAAACAAACCUUUUACUAAGCGAUACCAGGAAAUCUUACAAAGUAGACGAAGCUUACCCGUGCAUGCACAAAGAAAAGAAUUUCUCGAUUUAGUCCAUAAUAAUCAAUUUGUAGUAUUUGUUGGUGAAACUGGCUCGGGGAAAACUACCCAAAUUCCACAAUUUCUUUGUUAUGAUGUUCUUCCUCAUCUAAAGAAGAAACAAAUCGCAUGCACUCAGCCACGUAGAGUUGCUGCUAUGUCUGUAGCACAACGUGUAGCUGAUGAAAUGGAUGUAAAGCUUGGUGAAGAAGUCGGAUAUAACAUUCGUUUCGAAGAUUGUUCAGGUCCAAAGACUAUGCUGAAGUAUUUAACUGAUGGUAUGCUUCUACGUGAAGCUAUGAAUGAUCCAAAACUGGAGAAAUAUUCUGCUAUUAUUCUCGAUGAAGCACAUGAACGUACUUUAGCAACAGAUAUUCUUAUGGAAUUAAAAAUUGUUGUUAUGAGUGCUACACUUGAUGCCGAGAAAUUUCAAAAAUAUUUUAAUGAUGCACCAACUGUACCAGGUCGAACUUUUCCUGUAGAAAUUUAUUACACACCUGAACCUGAAAGAGAUUAUCUAGAAGCGGCCAUUCGUACAGUUUUGUUUAUUCAUCAAUGCGAACUACCUGGUGAUAUUUUGAUAUUUCUUACCGGUGAAGAAGAAAUUGAAAAUGCAUGCGCAAAAAUUCGUAUAGAGACUGAUGAGUUGAUAAAACAACAACAUGAUUUGGGACCUCUGAAAAUUCUUCCUCUCUAUUCAUCACUUCCUCCUCAACAACAACAACGUAUUUUCGAAGGUGCACCACCUGCACGUACCGAAGAUGGAAAACCGGGUCGUAAAGUAAUUGUAUCAACUAAUAUUGCCGAAACGUCAUUAACUAUUGAUGGCAUAGUUUAUGUAGUUGAUCCUGGCUUUAGUAAACAAAAAGUAUAUAAUCCUCGCAUUCGUGUUGAAUCUUUGCUUGUAAGUCCAAUUAGCAAAGCUUCUGCUCAACAACGGGCUGGUCGUGCUGGUCGUACACGUGCAGGAAAAUGUUUUCGUCUUUACACUGAAAAAGCAUUUUUGAAAGAAUUGCAAGAACAAACUUAUCCCGAAAUUUUAAGAAGUAAUUUGGGAAGCGUAGUACUUCAAUUAAAAAAAUUAGGUAUAGAUGAUCUUGUACAUUUCGAUUUUAUGGAUCCGCCAGCACCCGAGACUUUAAUGCGUGCACUGGAACUGCUUAAUUAUCUUGCGGCACUUGAUGAUGAUGGUAACCUUACUCCCGAUGGUCAUUUAAUGGCAGAAUUUCCAUUAGAUCCUCAAUUGGCCAAAAUGCUAAUCGAAAGCCCUAAAUAUAAGUGUUCGAACGAAAUAUUAUCAAUUGCAGCAUUGCUAUCAGUUCCGAAUGUUUUCCUACGGCCGAAUGAUUUGAAAAAGCAAGCAGAAGAUGCGAAGGGUAAAUUUGCACACACCGACGGGGAUCACUUAACUCUAUUAAAUGUAUAUCAUGCCUAUAAAGCAAAUAUUAAUGAUCCUGAUUGGUGUUAUAAUAAUUUUCUUAAUGGACGAACUCUCAAAGCUGCCGAUAAUGUCCGUCAACAACUUAAACGAAUUAUGGAACGCUGUGAUGAAGAGUUGGUCAGUACUUCGUUUGAAGACAAAAAUUACUAUACAAAUAUACGACAAGCGUUGACAGCUGGAUUCUUUAUGCAAGUAGCGCAUUUAGAGAAAUCCGGUCAUUAUCUAACGUGCAAAGAUAAUCAGGUGGUCCAACUUCACCCAUCGUCAUCUCUUGGACAUCAACCUGAAUGGGUCUUAUAUAAUGAAUUUGUUCUUACCACCAAAAAUUAUAUUCGUACUGUGACUGAAGUUAAAGCCGAAUGGUAA